CAACAUCCAAACAAGGCCUUAUAUGGUUGUCAACCGCUAGUGCGUCUCGUUUGUGUGCAAACAUCAGUGACAGUACCGAGCAUCAUGAGAAGCCACCAUGGUUACAACUACCAUCUCCUCCUACUUUCACUUCUCAUUUCUCUUGCAACAUUUACUGCUGUGCAAGUUGCUGGAUCCGACAUCCUGAACCAGGGCAGCAACAUCACCGACGGCGAGACCCUGGUUUCUGCCAACGGGACGUUCACGCUUGGGUUCUUCGCGCCCGGUGCGCCGACAAGGAGAUACCUCGGGAUCUGGUUGACGGUGACCAACUCCAGCGACGCUGUAUGGGUGGCCAACCGCGACCACCCGCUCGUCGAUGCCUCCGGCGUGCUGGUUCUCAGGGACACCGGAAGCCUCGCCCUCCUCGACGGCAAGACACAGACAGCGUGGUCUUCCAACACGGUCGGCGCCGUCUCCCCCACGCUGCAGCUCCUCGAGUCCGGCAACCUCGUGGUGCGUGACGGCAGGAGCGGCGGCGGCAUCCUGUGGCAGUCGUUCGACCACCCGACGAACACGCUGGUACCGGGCAUGAAGAUCGGCCGCAACCUGUGGACCGACACCGAGUGGUACCUCCAGUCCUGGAAGUCGGCCAACGACCCGUCGCCGGGGACCUUACGGUACGUGGUGGUCACCAGAGGCGGCGGGCCGCCGCAGAUCGCGAUGGUGGACUCGAGCGGCGCCACCAGGUUCCGCACCGGGGUGUGGAACGGGCUGUGGUUCAGCGGCAUCCCGGAGAUGGCGUCCUACGCCAACGAGUUCGCGUACCAGAUGACGGUGAGCCCCGGCGAGGUCACCUACGGGUACGCCGCGAGGCCCGGCGCGCCGCUGUCUCGCCUCGUCCUCAACGACUCCGGCGUGGUGGAGCGGCUCGGGUGGGACCCCGGCAGCCGGGCCUGGAACAACUUCUUCCAGGGGCCCCGGGACGUCUGCGACAAGUACGACAUGUGCGGGCCGUCCGGCGUGUGCAACGCCAGCGCGGCGGCGACGUCGUUCUGCAGCUGCGUCGUGGGGUUCAGCCCCGUGUCCCAGACGGCCUGGUCCAUGAGGGGCAGGUCCAGCGGGUGCCGGCGGAACGUGCCGCUGGACUGCGGCGGCGACGGCGAGUCCGCCGGAAGCACCGACUGGUUCGCCGUUUUGCCGGGAGUGAAGCUGCCGGACAUGGUCGACUCGUGGUCGUUGGACACGAGCGUCACGCUGGAUGAGUGCAGGGCGAGGUGCCUUGCCAACUGCUCCUGCGUGGCGUAUGCCGCGGCGGACAUACGAGGAGGAGGCGACGGCACGGGAUGCUUGAUGUGGGCAGAAAACCUCAUUGACCUACGGUACGUAGAUGGAGGCCAGACCCUGUACCUACGCCAGGCUAGGCCUGUAUCUGGACCGCGGAAAUGGGGUAAGAUGAAACACAUGGCCGUCUUUCUAGCAGCUGGAUUAAUACUGGGCUCCAUCGCUCUCCUCUCCUUGGUUUUCUUUGUUGUGAGGGCGGCUCGUAUAAGACGUCGAAACUUGAUGAUACGAAUUGCAGAGGCAGUACAAACCGCCAAUAGUCCUGUUGAUCCGAUUGCUUUGGACGUCGUAAAGACUGCAACAAGAAAUUUCUCCAGACGGAAUGUGGUCGGUGAAGGUACUUAUGGCAUCGUAUACGAGGGCAAGUUACCCAGAGGACAUCCGCUCCUCCACGGACUAUCCGGGAGAACAAUUGCCGUGAAGAGGCUGAAACCGAUCAGUGAUCUUCCGGAGGCAAUCGUGAGCUAUUUCACAAGAGAAAAACAGGUGAUGUCCGGACUGCAGCAGCACCAAAAUGUGAUCCGGCUUCUUGCCUACUGCGAGGAAGGCCGCGAACGAAUUCUGGUGUACGAGUACAUGCACAGGAGGAGCUUGGAUGCAUACAUAUUCGGGAAACCAAAGGAUCGCGCGUUGCUGAACUGGCAAAGGAGGCUGCAGAUAAUCCAGGGGAUUGCCGAGGGCGUGAAGCACCUGCACGAGGGAGGAUCGGCCGGCAACGUGAUCCACCGGGAUCUGAAGCCUGCCAAUGUGCUGCUGGAUGGCGGAUGGCAAGCCAAGGUGGCCGACUUCGGGACGGCCAAACAGCUGCAGCUCCCUGCCGGAGCUACAGGGACUCGGACGAUAAUCGGCACGCCUGGCUACAUGGCUCCGGAGUAUGUUCAGAGCGAUGGCGGCGAGACGACGCUGAAAUGCGACGUCUACAGCUUCGGCGUCACGUUGCUGGAGACGCUGGGCGGCCGGAGGAACUGGGAGAGGCAAAGCCUCGUUUCAGAAGCCUGGAGGUUGUGGGCCGAACGCAGCAUUACGGUGCUCCUCGACUCCGAGGUUGCACCGGCGCCGGCCAAGCCUGAGCUUCGUCAGCUCGGCAGGUGCAUCCACGUUGGGCUCCUCUGCGUCCAGGAAAAGCCGGGCAAUCGGCCGUCCAUGUCGGAGGUUGUGGAGAUGCUGAGCAGUACCAGCACACAGCAGCAGCUUGUUGAGCCCAGGGUGCCCAUGGUCGGCAGUAGGAUUCUGGCAAUGUUUCUAGAGGCAGAUGCAGCAGAUCUCUCGAGGCCGACAGUGUACGAGACAAUGGCUUAGACAUAAGGGACAUGUGCUAGCAUUAUUAUUCAAUUGUUCAUGCAGAUCAUGUGUUACUGACUACUGGUAUUAUUAUACACUUAUUAGGCUGACGAAUGUGUUAGCGCUGAGUGUCGUCA